CGAGUGGACGACUGAGCAGUUGGAGUAGUAGAUGAUCACGCCACGAGCAGAUUAGCGGAUGACACGAACACACCUCGCCUCGUGAGAAGAAAGUCCGCUCGCAUCGCGGCGCGCUUCAAUUGGGUUAUUGGCGCGGUGCUGGCUGACGCCAUGAUGGAUAUACGCAAGCAUUCAGAUAAAGCGGUAAAGCCCGCCGCGCCCGCAUGUGCUGAUUGAUGUUGACCACCAGUAGUAGCGGCUGCUCCUGCGCGACCAGCAUGCAGUCAACAAAGCGAGCCUUGGGUCGCAAGCAUGCAGCAUCAGUCAAGAGUCAAGACCUUGGACUUGAGACGCGAAACAUGCAACAACACCAAGUCACAAUUUGGAGACACAAUCACACAGAAGUGUGCAUCGAUGUGCGGCUAAUGGAUACGAAGCUUGCCAAGCUUCGUUUUCUCUUAUCGAUCGCGUGUGCAUUAUGGCUACAGCCGGACGGCCUUCACAUUAUUGCUCAACUCACGACUGCAGAGCCGCAAUCAACGGCCUUGCUCGGCUGUCUCACGCAGACGCACGUCUUCCCUCCCGGGCGUGUGGCCUCACAUCGUACACCUCCAUCGAGGCUCGUGUAUACCAUGCAGCCAUAUAGCAAAUGGGGCCACGCACGCGCUUUGCCUUUGCCAGUCGUGAAGGGUCACAGAAGGGCUUGCUCGAGUCCAAGGCGCUCGCUCAUCCCCCUCCUUCAAGGCCGCCGUCAUGGCGGCGAGUGCCUUGGGCGGUCGAGAGAGCACGCGGUACAGCUUGAUGCAUGCCCGGGGAGAAUGAUGCAGAGGAAGCAUCCAGCAGCUCAUCGCUUUGCUCUCCUCUUCACAUCCACGAUUACAGUCGUGAGCGUGCGCCCCUCUGUGGUAAAUUUGGUGAUCUAGCUAGCCAAUCACGCUCCUGUGCUGCCCUCGUGGUCGAGAUGGCGACGCGACAGGUGAGUCAAAAGUCGUGAGUGUGGGUACGUCUG